GAUCAUUAUUGAGAAUCUUCUGGUAACUCUGAGAAUCUUGGUUGGCUAUUAAGCUUUUGGGAGACUUUAUAUUGGAUAAAAAAAGGCGUACAUCAUGAAUCACUCAAAGGAGGAGGAAAACUACAUCGAAAUGAGCUCUCACCAAGAUAUAGAUCAUGCUGUCGAAAAUGCUAACGUGCAAGCCGGAGAAGUAAAUGUAACAAAGAAGAAAUGGGAAAGAAUGCUGCUUUCAGUUUCAUUUUGGAAUAAGAUAUCUGUGCUUGCAUGUAUGAUUGCAGUCUCAAUCGAUCCUUUGUUUUUUUACAUUGCAUUUCUUGAUCGUGAUAAAGUGUGCCUCGGAACGGACAAAAGGCUGAGGACUGUAGUCCUCAUCACGCGAUCACUCACAGAUUUCACGUUCCUGUUUCAUAUUGUGUAUCAACUUCGUGAAGCUGUGAAAGCAGUGGCCUCUGUGUCCAAGCCCAAGCUGGUACAGAGAGGCAACUCAAAUCUCUUCAACUGGUUUGGAUACGCCAAGGCAAUAGCUAAGAAGUUGUCAUGGAGCUCUUUCCUAACUGACAUUUUCGCUAUUCUUCCAAUUCCUCACGUGCUAAUAUUAGCUCUCUUUUAUGCUCCCAAUUAUGGAUUUUCAGAGAACAAAAUGACUUUGAAUUACAUGCUUCUCGCACAAUAUGUUCCAAGAAUGUAUCGGAUCUUCACCUCGUCUAAGCUGUUUAGAAAAAAUAGUAGCAUGUGGGUCAAAGCUGCAUUCUAUUUUUUUAUGUACAUCCUCUCAAGUCAUGUAAUUGGAGCCUUUUGGUACUUUAGUUCUGUUCAAAUCGAGGCAGUAUGUUAG